GAGGGUUCCGGCUUCGGCCUCCGCCGCUGCCUCCGCUACAAUAGCCGCCGCCGCUGCCGUCGCCGCGGCUUGUUCUUCCUAAAAUGGCGCCGCUGGAUUUGGACAAGUAUGUGGAGAUAGCGCGGCAGUGCAAGUACCUUCCCGAAAACGACCUGAAGCGGCUGUGUGACUAUGUUUGUGAUCUGCUCCUGGAAGAGUCGAAUGUUCAGCCAGUGUCAACGCCAGUAACAGUAUGCGGGGACAUACAUGGACAGUUUUAUGAUCUUUGUGAACUGUUCAGAACUGGAGGUCAGGUUCCUGACACAAACUACAUAUUUAUGGGUGAUUUUGUAGACAGAGGUUACUAUAGUUUGGAGACCUUCACUUAUCUUCUUGCACUAAAGGCUAAAUGGCCUGAUCGUAUUACACUUUUAAGAGGAAAUCAUGAGAGUAGACAGAUAACACAGGUGUAUGGAUUUUAUGAUGAGUGCCAAACCAAAUAUGGAAAUGCUAAUGCCUGGAGAUACUGUACCAAAGUUUUUGACAUGCUCACAGUAGCAGCUUUAAUAGAUGAGCAGAUUUUGUGUGUUCAUGGCGGCUUAUCUCCUGAUAUCAAAACACUGGAUCAAAUUCGAACUAUUGAACGAAAUCAGGAAAUUCCUCACAAAGGAGCAUUUUGUGACCUGGUGUGGUCAGAUCCUGAAGAUGUAGACACUUGGGCAAUCAGUCCCAGAGGAGCAGGUUGGCUUUUUGGAGCAAAAGUCACGAAUGAGUUUGUUCAUAUCAACAACUUAAAACUCAUCUGCAGAGCACAUCAGCUUGUGCAUGAAGGCUAUAAAUUUAUGUUUGACGAGAAGCUGGUCACAGUGUGGUCUGCUCCUAACUACUGCUAUCGCUGUGGAAACAUUGCUUCCAUCAUGGUCUUCAAAGAUGUCAAUACGAGAGAACCAAAGCUAUUCCGGGCAGUUCCAGAUUCAGAACGUGUUAUUCCUCCCAGAACCACGACGCCGUAUUUCCUUUGAGGCCUUUGCCAUCCUGCUGGCCCACUUUUUGCCCUCUUUUACCCCAACUUUCUUGUACCCUCUACAAUAUACUUUUUAUUGAGCACUUUGCUGCUGAAAUGCUGCCUCUUGCCUUUUUUUUUUUUUUUAAUUUUAAAUUAUCUAAAUUUAUUGUUUGUUAUGGUGUCAAUAGCAGUGUUUUUCUAUCAAUUUUGCCACUCAUCCCAUCCCCACCUUGGACUCGUUUGAGAAGACUUGAGAAAUGUCUUAAUACUCACGUUGCUGCAUGUAGCUCUUGCAUAUUUGCUGUUCUGGGGAGACAGGAAGUAUUUCCCUUUUUAAAAAGCCAAUUGACAAUUACAUGGAAAUCCUCCUCAUUUGUAUCAGCCAGCCUUCUGUUUUUGUUUGGUAGGGUUUAAGAAAUUUCAGCAGCAAAGUUGUCCAGUGGGCAGGAUGGACUGCAUAUGCCUGAGUCAUGUACCCUUGUCCCGGCUGUAAACUUCACUGUCCUUUGUUGGAUGAUAAUUUGAUGUUUUAAAGGGGUAUAAAAAUAAAUUGGUCUAAAGGGC